AUGUCGCCAGGAAAGGAUACCUCAGCUGCCAGCCCACCUCCCGGCUGCCCUAUGCACCAAGCCAACGCUACGCCUGCACCCGCACCUCCCAAGCCAGCACCACCACCAGGCUGCCCUAUGCACCAGGACGCCACACCCCUCAACCCUGAUAACAACAUUCCUGCCCUGGCCCAGUCCCCCUUCCCCGACCAAGAGAUACCCCUCCCCACCGAGCGAGUCAUUUCCUCGAUCCCCCGCGCAAAGACCGAGGACGACUCCAAGUGGGAGUACCCCUCCCCCCAGCAGUUCUAUAACGCCCUUCGUCGUAAAGGAUGGGAGACUCCCGAGAAUGCGAUCGAGACCAUGGUCGAUAUUCAUAACUGGAUGAACGAGGAGGCUUGGGCUGAGGUCAUGAAGUGGGAGAAGGAGUACUCUGGUACCUGCUGCGAUCCCAAGUUGCUCCGUUUCCAGGGUCGUCCUCAGGAACUUAGCCCAAAGGCCAGGAUUAUGAGCUUCUUCGGUGCUCCCAAGCCUUUCGAUCGCCACGACUGGGUUAUUGACCGGUGCGGCAAGGAGGUUCGCUAUGUGAUCGACUACUACGGAGGCGAGGACGAUGUCGUCAACGAUGUCCCCGUCUUCCACUUGGACGUCAGACCUGCGUUGGACUCUGUCGAGAGCGCCAUGGAUCGUCUCAAGUUUGGCGUCCGUGAAGCCUUUGCCCGCUUCAAGGGAGAGGAUGCCCAGGCUUCCACCAAGACCGCUUAA